GAUGAAACAAUAUUGUAACCUACGCAUGAUCGAAAAGCGUCAUUCAACUCUGAUCAAAAACUGCUGUCUAAUCUUGGUUCCUGUUCUAAAUAACUGAUUUAAAGCAACAUGAGUUUCGGUCUGCCUUCCCUGAAACCCGAACUAGAGACAAUUCCAGGACAUGGACUUAAGAAGAACAACUUCGGUGUGCAUGAUUCAUUGGCUUUUGGGUUGAAAAAUGUGAAAGGAAAUAUACAACAAAACCAUCCGUUGGAGCUAUCAGAGAAAAAUUACGAUCUAAAAGAGUGGAAGAUGCAGAUGACAAUUUUAAGAAACACCCAAGGUUUACAUGCACCGAUUAAGCUCGGAGCUGAGCUAUGGGCUGCGAAGCAAGUUGGAAGGUUGCCCUUCAUGGAAAGCUCCGGUCUCGCUACAGCAACAAUAAAAUCAACAGACGAUAUGCUUGAUUUUACUGAUAUUCUUAGUCUGCCUGAACAAGAUGAGCACCUUCUUAUGCCUCAUGUAGUUAUGGAACAUAAACUUGGAAUCUUGUAAUUUUGUUGCUUACUUUUAUUCUGUAUUUUGUAUUAAAAUAUAUUUAAAUCACUAUAAA